AAUCAAAGUACAAUCUUUUUUAGGAGAUGAAAUGGGGGUAUUGCUUGGUGCUCUCCAACGCCGAUUAGGAGUUAUCGUCAACAGCCAUUCAUACGCCAUUAUCAAGUUCUAAAGCUGGAUAAGCUACAACAAUUAGCCAACAAGUUGAAACCUUUUCAAACCCAAGCUUCGUGAUUCAUCGGAGAAGCAAGAUCGUCAUCUGCUAGGGUUUUGUAAUUUUACAGACAGAUCUCAAAUUAAAUAUGCAAACGGAAGCGACGGUGGGGGUGGUGGAAGGCGGUGGACCCGCUCGUAAAUUGGUAACGCAUCACCAGAGGCCGGUGCAACAGCAGCAAUCUCAGGUAGGGACGGUGUCUCAGCUCAUAGCCGGUGGUGUCGCCGGAGCCGUUAGCAAGACCUGCACUGCACCUUUAGCUCGCCUCACUAUACUUUUCCAGGUGCAAGGUAUGCAUUCUGAUGCUUCUACCUUAAGAAAAGCCAGUAUAUGGCGUGAAGCUACACGUAUAGUCAAUGAAGAAGGAUUUCGUGCAUUCUGGAAAGGGAACUUAGUGACAAUUGCUCAUCGUCUACCUUACUCCUCCAUCAGUUUCUACGCAUUUGAACGCUACAAGAAUGUUGUUACUACAAAUGUUCAUGGGAGUUGAGAGCAAUGGAACAAACAUAAGUGCAGACUUGUGUAUACGCCUUGCAGGUGGUGGUUUAGCUGGUAUAACUGCUGCUUCUGUUACAUACCCUUUGGAUCUUGUAAGAACUCGCCUUUCAGCACAGAGAAAUGUUUUAUAUUAUAGAGGUAUAUGGCAUGCUUUACGCACCAUAAGCAGGGAAGAGGGGAUUUUUGGCCUCUAUAAAGGACUUGGUGCUUGUCUAUUGGGUGUUGGCCCAAAUCUUGCAAUUAGCUUUUCAGUUUAUGACACCACAAGAUCUUACUGGCAAAUGCAAAGACCACAAGAUUCUACUGUUCUAGUUAGCCUGGCUUGUGGGAGUCUUUCAGGAAUUGCAUCAUCAACAGAGAAGCAGGUUGCGAGGCACUAAAAAUGUAAACCAGAUAAAGAUUCUCCCUUAGAGCCAGCCAUGGAGUUGGCACUUGGGGUUAAUCCUUUUCAAAAACAUAACAUUUCCACUGGAUUUGGUGAGGAGGCGGAUGCAGUUGGAAGGGGCAGGGGGUCGGGCACGUGUUUACAAUACGGGUAUUUUUGGUACAUUCGGGCAGAUAAUACGGGCAGAAGGCCUACGUGGCAUAUACAGAGGAAUAUUGCCCGAAUAUUACAAGGUGGUCCCCAGCAUUGGGAUUGUAUUCAUGACUUAUGAGAAACUCAAACAAGUAUUGUCGAAUGUAGACACUACUUGCAGAUGACCGAUUUUGACCCGAAAAAAAAACAUUUUAGUAAUAUAUAUUUAUAGGUAGUAGGAGCUAGGG